GUGUCAAGGCAAGCCGUUUUCUCCAUCCAGAACAACCCGUGGAGAAGUUUUAAUGUUCAUUCCCACUACUCGGUAUUUCUCUACUUUUGCAGGUUGCGUUUGGGAAUACGCGCAACACGCGCACGACAAGAGCAACGCGUAACGCGUAACGCGUAAUCAUCCGGACAUCUCUGCGCUCGCGCCCGGUCUGAUCUGAUCUGGUCUGGUCUGGUCUGAUCUGGUCUGGUCUGGUCUGAUCUGGUCUGGUCUGAUCUGGUCUGGUCUGGUCUGGUCUGAUCUGGUCUGGUCUGGUCUGGUCUGGUCUGAUCUGGUCUGGUCUGGUCUGAUCUGGUCUGGUCUGAUCUGAUCUGGUCUGGUCUGAUCUGGUCUGAUCUUUGGGUUGAGGAAAGCGCGUUCACCCUGGAGCGGCGUCACGCGCAGCAGGAUAGACGUCCUGAGCCGCUCAGAUGCGCGCGACACUCUUGGGAAUAUCACUCCUCGGAUUGGUGACGCUCGCGCACACCGAGGAAUGUGGACCUGAUGUGACGGUCAGUUGCAACUGCAGUCAAGUCAAAGGUGAAAGGGGCGAGCAAGGUUUUCCAGGUCUAAUUGGCUUACCAGGGCAAGAUGGAAAUCUAGGAGAUGAAGGCCAUCCUGGACUCAUGGGCCCCAUGGGUGAACCAGGACUACCAGGACUACCAGGACUAAAAGGCUCACAGGGACUCCCUGGGAAGCCAGGAUUAUGGGGUUCUCCAGGAAUACCUGGACUCCCAGGACAUGAAGGCCCUCAGGGACUACCUGGUAGCCCAGGAUGCAAUGGCACAAAGGGUGAACCUGGUACACCUGGACCUCCAGGAUGUUCUGGAGCUGUCGGUUUACAGGGAGAAGAUGGUCCCGCUGGCCCUAAGGGGAACACGUGCUAUUUCCCUUUUCCUAAAGAUGUGAGGGGAGAAAACGGUUUCCCUGGUCGAGAUGGGCCAAAGGGUGAACCUGGACGACAAGGUAACUGUGGACCACCUGGACCAAUGGGAUGUGAGGGACCUCAAGGAGAAUGUGGAUACAUUGGACUUCCAGGACAAAAGGGUCUUGAGGGACAUUCAGCAAUACCUGGCCCCCAAGGUACAAAAGGCGUGAGAGGUUCUCCUGGCGUAACUGGGCGGAGAGGUAUCAAGCAAUUUGCGACACUACACAGAGAGAUCAAGGGAGAUUCAGGGGAUCCGGGAGACAGAGGCAGCACUGGAAUUCAGGGCCCGCCAGGACGCUGUGGCCCUAAAGGAUGCAAAGGAGGCCCAGGAGAUCCAGGACUUCUGGGGGAAGACGGGCUGAAUGGGCUUCAGGGAGAGUGCGGUUUUAAUGGCUCUCCUGGGCUCAGGGGAUAUGAAGGGCUUCCUGGGUCCCUUGGUUCAAAGGGGCAGAAAGGUGACCGUGGUUGUGCUGGUCCUCCAGGAAAAUGUCUUCCACGGAAUACAGCACAGAAAGGCCAAAAAGGACCUAAGGGCUUCCCUGGACCGUGUGGCCUUAGAGGUAUUCAAGGUGUAAGUGGCUUUCCUGGACAAUCAGGCACUCCAGGACCAGGUAUACCUGGACACCCUGGGGACAUUGGUCCUCAAGGCUUUACUGGGGUCAAAGGUGAAAAGGGAGAACGAGCACCUCCAGAGACUGGACCAAAAGGAUAUGAUGGACCUCAGGGAAAACGUGGAUCUCCUGGUGACCCUGGUCCUAAAGGACUACCAGAUUUUCAUCAACAUCAGGGCCCAUCAGGGCGGAGAGGAGAUAAAGGUGUACAAGGGCAUGAGGGUGAAAUGGGAAAUCCUGGGGAAGAAGGUGAUAAAGGAGACCUCUGCAAAGUGUGCCCUUUUUCAGGCCUGAGGUAUGGACCUCCAGGGCCACCUGGUAAACGUGGUGCAAAAGGAGCUCCAGGUGCUAAUGGACAGCCUGGCAGCAGAGGAUCAAUGGGUGCUAAGGGGAAAGAAGGUCCCCCUGGCAAUCUGGGUAUGCUCGGUAUUCCAGGAAAUCAAGGGGAUCAGGGACAAAAAGGAGAACCUGGUUUUAUAGGACCUGAGGAUAAUGGGGACCAAGGUGACCCAGGAUUUCAUGGGAACCCAGGGAGGAAUGGACAAGAUGGGAUACCAGGAAGACCAGGACCUAAAGGUCCAAAGGGAGAGAAAGGCAAUUCGGGUCCUUUUGGGUGUAAGGGUGACCGGGGUGACCCUGGAUCAGUGGGAUUACCAGGAUUAUCUGGUAAAAUGGGAUUGCAGGGCUGCCCUGGGAUUGGAGCACCAGGGGAACCUGGUGAGAAGGGCUGCUUUGGUGUACAUGGCCUGUCAGGGGAUCCUGGAGAUCCAGGUGAGAAAGGUGACCCUGGUAAGGUGUACAUAAUACCUGGAGACCCAGGGAAGUGUGGAUUAAAGGGUCCUAAAGGUUCACCUGGGCAACUAGGUUGCCUGGGACCCAAAGGGUUAUGUGGGCUUCCAGGACCAUGUGGCAAAAAAGGCGAAAAAGGACUGUCACAACCAGGAUUUUCAGGACCGCGUGGUUGUAAAGGUGAAAAAGGCUGUCAAGGUGUUCAAGGUCCACCUGGCAUUGGGGCACCUGGUUUACCAGGACCCAUAGGACAAUGUGGAAUGCCAGGGUGCAAGGGCGAUAGUGUUUCUGGCCCUCCAGGGCCCACUGGCAGGAGAGGGCCUCCAGGGGAUGAUGGAACAUGUGGGCCUCCUGGUGAAUCAGGUUAUCCAGGAAACCCUGGAGUUUGUGGACAGUCAGGGAGAGAUGGAUGCCCAGGGCCUAAAGGUUCCACAGGAUAUGAUGGACCGCCAGGGGUGACUGGUCCCCCAGGUAUCUGUACGGCUGGGGGGCCAGGUGACAAAGGAGUCCAAGGUCACAAAGGAAUGCCUGGAAUUACAGGAUGUUGGGGUCAGAAAGGUAUGCAGGGUGAGCUUGGAUGUCCGGGAGAAGAUUUACCUGGUAUUAUUGGGCCAUGUGGGACACCUGGUGUUAAUGGAGAACUUGGUCCACCUGGUCCACCUGGAGCUCAGGGAUUGAAGGGGACGAAUGGCAUGCCUGGUUGCAAAGGCCAACGGGGGAACUGUGGGCCUCCUGGAAACCCCGGAUGUCCUGGACCUACUGGAAACCCUGGAUGUCCUGGACCACCUGGUCUUAAAGGUUUUGCAGGUAUUGAUGGACAACCAGGUUGUAGAGGUCCACAAGGCUCAAAAGGCGACCAGGGGGAUCCAGGUCCUAAAGGACAACCAAAAACUAUCUGCAAUCCAGGGCACCCAGGAGACCCCGGAGACAGAGGUCUUCCUGGUCAACCUGGGCUUAAAGGAAACAAAGGAAUUGAAGGAUCAACUGGAAGCUGUGGGAACAAUGGAUUACAAGGCUGCGCUGGGCCACCAGGUCCUCCUGGAGAGCGAGGCUGCAAAGGCUUACCAGGUGAACCUGGUGUCUGUGGAGAUCCUGGAGAAAUUGGAUUUUUUGGUCUGCCAGGUGUCAAAGGGGACAAGGGGACACCUGGUCACUGUGGACCACCAGGAGACUGUGGUACUCCAGGAGCAAAUGGCCCAAAAGGGGUCAAAGGUGAACCAAGUUGUCCUGGACCAGGAGGGCCAGGAUACCCUGGAGAGAAGGGUAAUCCAGGUAUACAAGGCAUUAAAGGAAACAAAGGAGAACGCGGAAUGUGUGGCCCUGUUGGUUGUCCAGGACCAGAAGGGCCUUGUGGAGUGGCUGGAGAGACAGGACGACCAGGACAACCAGGCACUUUUUUUCCCUCUAGUUUAACUUGCUUUGAUAUCUUUCUUCUAAUAAAGUAUUCGUUAAUUUAUUUAAUCAUUGUGUUUUUUUUGCUCUUUCUUUCAGGACCCCCAGGAUUGCCUGGAGAGCAAGGGUUUGAUGGACAACCAGGUCCCCCAGGUUGUGUAGGACCAAGAGGCCCACCAGGUUCUUCUGGAUCACCAGGGAAUCCAGGUCCUCCAGGUCCAAAGGGAAACCAGGGCAAAGACGGCAUUCCUGGUUCCGCUGGAGAAAAAGGGUCUGCAGGAGCUCCUGGAUAUGGACCUCCAGGGCCACCUGGUAUCAGGGGUGAACCAGGCUGUAAAGGAGAAACAGGAACCAGGGGGAAAUGUGGACCUCCUGGACCAUGUGGUCCAGCAGGAGACCCAGGGCCCUGUGGUGUACCAGGGCCACCAGGACCCUGUGGGAAUCCUGGUCCACAGGGAUUGUGUGUGGAUGGCCCCAAGGGAGACCGAGGCCCUGACGGCCCACCAGGACCACAAGGAUGCAAAGGGAUAUGUGGUCCCCCAGGACCACCAGGUCUCGGCUUUAAAGGGGAAAAGGGCAACAAUGGGACUUGUGGACAAAGGGGAAUGAGUGGUUAUCCAGGAGACACUGGCCCACAAGGGAAUCGAGGUAAUCCUGGGAUGAAAGGUUGCCCUGGUAACAAUGGAGAAAAAGGACUCAGAGGAGAACCUGGACCUCCAGGUCAAAGAGGAAUGGAUGGCUCAUAUGGCCCACCAGGAUUUCAAGGAGAAAAAGGGCAAAGAGGACCACCAGGUACACCAGGGGAAGAUUAUUUCCACAGUGACAUACUGAUUCCUGGAGAUCCUGGUCUGCCUGGAGCUCCAGGAGAGCAAGGACCUCCUGGACGGUACGGUCCAAAAGGACGGACAGGACCAGCAGGAAUCCCUGGCCUUAAAGGACCCCCUGGCCAAGAUGGUGAUCGUGGUGUUCAAGGUUUACCUGGACCAAAAGGAAGCAGUGGAUUACCAGGACUGACAGGACCUAAGGGUUUUAAUGGUGGCAAUGGUCAGAAGGGUCCCACAGGUCCACCGGGAGGCUGCGUGGCCAACAAGCACAGAGAUAACAUCCUGUUCGCCAGGCACAGUCAGACACAAGCUAUCCCUAAAUGCCCUCAUAAAUCCACUCUCAUCUACUCCGGGUACUCACUGCUUCUCAUCACCGGCAAUAGCCACGGACAUGGCCAAGAUCUUGGCACUAUGGGGAGCUGUCUACAGAUGUUCUCCGUCAUACCCUUUCUUUACUGUAAUGUGAAUGAGGUCUGUCUCUUUUCUUCCCGAAACGAUCAUUCCUACUGGCUGUCCACUGAGACACACCUGCCCAGUAACCAGUCUUCAGUCUCAGGUGAUUCACUGGCGACGUAUAUUAGCAGGUGUUCAGUCUGUAACUCCGUAGGUAACGUGAUAGCGUUCCACAGCCAGGACAGUACAGUCCCAUCAUGUCCCAUGGGAUGGCAGUCUCUGUGGCAAGGCUACUCUUUUGUCAUGCACACAGGUGAAGGUUCCCAGGGCUCAGGACAGUCCCUGUCCUCUCCUGGCUCCUGUCUGGAGAAUUUCCGGAACAAUCCCUUUAUCGAGUGUUCUAGCCAGGGCACUUGUAGCUACUACUUAAAUUCCUACAGCUACUGGCUGGUUGCUCUGGAUCCGAGGAAGAUGUUCAGUAAACCAUCCGAAAACUCACAAGCUGACUAUUCAAGAAUCAUCAGUCGCUGUCGGGUGUGCAUGAAGGAGCCGGCGUGUAGUGAGUCAUCCUGAACCCUUGAGAUAGAGCCGAUGUCCAGACUUGACUUUUUGCCCUUGAACUUUUGACUUUUGGAAACAGACCUAUUAGCUUCAAUUGCUCUGUAAAUCCUCAAGAAGAUCUUCAAGAAGAUUCUUGAACGAUGGAAAAGGAAUAUAAGAACUAAUAGACUCAUUUACAGAAUAACCCCAUAUGUAUUCUUCUUUCUAACAGCACUGAGGCAGGAUUUUACCAGGGAUUUUGUUGGAGGGACUUAGUUAGUUAGUUAGUUAGUUAGUUAGUUAGUUAGUUAGUUAGUUAGUUAGUUGGUUGAACGUCUUAUUUCUAAACCAUGGGUGUUAACAUGGGGUCAAUCCCCCUUUUGCAGCUGGAAUAUUUUUUUUUUACUUUUGGACACAGUUCUAUUCUUAAAAAAAUUUUUAAUGUAAUUUAAAAAUUAAAAAAAAAAAAGGGCGGCAUGGUGGUGUAGUGGUUAGCACUGUUGGCUCACAGCAAGAAGGUUCUGGGUUUGACCCCAGUGGCCAACAGGGGCCUUUCUGUGUGGAGUUUGCAUGUUCUCCCCGUGUCUGUGUGGGUUUCCUCCAGGUGCUCCAGUUUCCCUCACAGUCCAAAGACAUGCAGGUUAGGAUAACAUGGGAUGGCCUUGGGCUGAAGUGCCCAAGAGUGGCGGCGUGCAUGCACACAGUGGCUUUGCUCUCCUAUGAUGAACUAAAUUUCAUUGUACAUUUGUGCAGUGACAGUAAAGGCAUUCCAUUCUGUUCAGACUUAGCAUUCAAGCCGUAUGAGUUCUUCUUUCAUAUUUUUUACCACUGAAAAUAUAUAUUUAGGGGACAAGCCAGUAGUGUUGUAGUCAAGACCCACGUAAACCGAAUCCAAGUCAUGACCGAGACCAGAGUAUCGAAACCAAGACUUUGAGGGGUUGAAAUCAAGUCAAGACCAAGACAGGGCAAGACCGACCCUGUGUCCGAAAUCACUCCCUACUCACUAUAUAGUGGACUAUAUAGUGAGGUCACCAUUUUGUAGUGCUGUCCAAAUGUAUAGUGAGAACGAUUACGGUACAUCCUAUAUAGUGCACUCAAAGUAUCCCACAAUGCAUCAUGAAAAGUAGUGUAUAACCGAUGGUCACUAACCAAGCAAUAUAUCCCAUCAUGCAUUGCAGUCGCACUGAAAUCAAAUCAAAAGCCUCAAAUUUGAUUUAAUAAAAGGCAGCGGCAAAGAAGAUAGUAUUCAGCCUUGAUUUAAAAGAACUGAAAGAUGCAGCAGACACAAAGUACUUUGCAUUUAUUAAUGUGGGAAAUACACUCGGUAUAAUAUAGAUUUAUCACAAAAAUACACGCAUAUAUUUAUUAUUUUGAAAACCCACCAGCUGACUGAUCUGGCACGUUUUAAUUGUGUGACAGUAAUGACGUAAAUAACGGUGCGGCGGAGUAGUGUCCAAAAGUGUUUUUUCAUUUUAUCAAUGAGCUCACCAUAGAGUCCUCUAUAUAGUAAUUCCCUAUAUAGGGAGUAGUGAAUGAGUGAGUGAUUUCGGACACAGGGCAAGUCAAGACCAGAACCAGACUAGUGUGUGUGAAGGGGAUGGGGGGAGGAGUGACAGCCAUUAACAGGAAAAAAUUUUUAAAUUAGCAGUGAGUCACAUUAUUGGUCACAUUUGAAGCAGGAAGUUUUACAUCCAAAUCACAGUAACAAUGUUAAAGACACUGCACAGGCAGUUUAGUGAAAUUCACACAGUUGUGGUCUUGACCGGUCUUGAAAUAAAAUCCUGAGUCCUGUAUGUCCAAGACCAAGUAAAAAUGUGGUUGAUUCCGAGACAAGACCGAGACCUUCAAAAACUGGUCUUGAGACCGGUCUCGAGUCCUACAACACUACAAGCCAGUGUGAGAAUUUUACAUGUUUCAAAAUUACCUUAGCUUUAAUUGAUGACCCUUAAAAGACUCACAAAUGCACUGAUUUUGACUUUGAUAGGCAUAGACUAUCCAUCCAUCCAUUAUCUGUAGCCGCUUAUCCUGUUCUGCAGGGUUGCAGGCAAGCUGGAGCCUAUCCCAGCUGACUAUGGGUGAGAGGUGGGGUACACCCUGGACAAGUCGCCAGGUUAUCACAAGGCUGACACAGUGACAAACAACCAUUCACACCUACGGUCAAUUUAGAGCCACCAAUUAACCUAACCUGCAUGUCUUUGGACUGUGGGGGAAACCGGAGCACCCAGAGGAAACCCA